GUGAGCGCCCCCGCGCCCCGCUCGCCAUGGAGGACCGCGCCAACAAGCUGCUGCUGGCCCUGCUGCUGCUGCUCCUCUUCGCCGUGCUGGUGCUGCAGUACGUGUGCCCGGGCAGCGAGUGCCAGCUGCUGCGGCUCCGCGCCUUCAGCCCCCCGCGGGCGGACCCCUACCGCGCCGAGGACGAGACCCCGGCCCGCUUCGUGCCCCGCUUCAACUUCUCCGCCCGCGACCUGCUGCGCCGCGUGGAUUUCAACAUCAAGGGCGACGACCUGAUCGUCUUCCUGCACAUCCAGAAGACGGGCGGCACCACCUUCGGCCGGCACCUGGUGCGCAACAUCCAGCUGGAGCAGCCCUGCGAGUGCAGAGCCGGCCAGAAGAAAUGCACCUGCCACCGGCCGGGCAAGCGCGAGACCUGGCUCUUCUCCCGCUUCUCCACCGGCUGGAGCUGCGGAUUGCACGCCGACUGGACCGAGCUCACCAACUGCGUCCCGGCCGUGGUGGACAGCAAGCGAGAGGCCAAGCGCAGACCGUCCAGGAACUUUUACUAUAUUACAAUCCUGCGUGACCCUGUGUCCCGAUAUUUGAGUGAAUGGAGACAUGUUCAGAGAGGAGCAACGUGGAAGGCUUCCUUACACGUGUGUGAUGGAAGAUCGCCAACUACUGAAGAGUUACCCAGUUGUUACACAGGGGAUGACUGGUCAGGCUGUUCCCUUAAGGAGUUUAUGGAUUGUCCGUACAAUCUAGCCAAUAAUCGGCAGGUCCGCAUGCUGUCUGACCUGAGCUUGGUUGGAUGUUACAACUUGUCUGUCAUGCCAGAAGAGCAAAGAAAUAAGGUUCUUCUAGACAGUGCAAAAGAGAACCUGAAACGUAUGGCUUUCUUUGGCCUUACGGAGUUUCAAAGGAAGACUCAGUAUCUGUUUGAAAAAACUUUUAACAUGAACUUCAUCGCGCCAUUCACACAGUAUAAUAGCACAAGGGCCUCUAGUGUGGAAAUAGAUGAGCAGACUCAAAAACACAUUGAGACCCUCAAUUUUUUAGACAUGGAGUUAUAUGAUUAUGCAAAAGACCUUUUUUUGCAAAGGUAUCAGUACAUGCGACAGAAAGAACACCAAGAAGCCAGACGGAAGCGCCAAGAGCAACGGAAGAUCCUAAAGGCAAAACAAGCCCACAAUAAAGAACAGAGUGAUGAUAAUUCAACUACUGAUUACAUAGGGAAUGUAGAACGGUGGCGAUAAUGGGGACUGAAAUCUUUUAAGUUAGAUUAGUUGAAUACCAUAAACAAAAACCAUACAACUCAUAGACGACAAUGUUAGUCCAAACAAAUUACGCUUCUUAAAUAUUUGAAGCAGAAGAGGUUAAAAUGUUGCCUUUGCAGUUGCCUUUGCAUUAAAUGUUGUACUGUAUGUGGAAAACUUAACCUUACUGUGUAAUUAAAUUGUCCUUUUUAGGUUUGUUGGAUUAUUUAUGAAAUACAAGCCAGAUAGGCUCUCCGGAAAUUGUUGCUUGGACAUUUUAAAAAAAAAAAAAUCCUUAAAUUAGUUCUCAGUAUGAAAUAGGGUGUUGGAAAUGUGACAUGAUGCACUGUUAAACCUCCCUCAGAAGCAAAUUGAUUUUCUAGUAAUGAGCAUUUAACACACAAAUACAAUAAAGCAUCCCUGCAAAACCUUUCCACUUUGAUUUUUUUUUAUUUUAAUUAUGUAUUUCUGACGCCCCCAACUGCUUGUGAUAUUCACCAAAUUACAAGACAAUGAAACGAACAAUAAAGGCUUAGAAGAAAAAGUUGACUCCUUUUGUGUAUAAUAUUGGCUUUUAAAAAAUAAAAGUAAUUUGUCUACUUAUAUAAAUAUAAAUAUUUAUAACUUUUUCUACCUGUUGCAAAGAGUGUUAAGCUUGAUCUGUAUCACAUUAAAAAAGCAACGCUACACUUUUCUGAACUGAAAGUCAAUGAUAAGGAUGCUAUUUUCAGAAUUUUUCAGGGUGGUAUAAUUUUAAGUAUUCUGGAAAAAUUAUGUCACAUCUUCAUGUUUCGUGAAGUCUUAUAGUUAAUGAAGACUAAAAUUAUAGUCUUAUAAUAGUAUCCAGUUUUAACAGUUUUUCUUAUACAUUGGAAUAAAUCUUGCAUUUACCAAAUGCUGAAUAUUGGGUGAUUUAAGACAGGAGAGUCUUUCUAAGAAAUUAUUUUGUGAAUGUUUGUAUAGUGUCUGUCU